AUGGGGCUGCGGGGCUGGGGCCGCCUCCUGCUGCUGCUGCUGGGGCUGCUGCCCGGCGCGGCGCGCGGCUUCGGGGAGGACGAGGAGCGGCGCUGCGAUGCCAUCCGCAUCGCCAUGUGCCAGAACCUGGGCUACAACGUCACCAAGAUGCCCAACCUGGUGGGGCACGAGCUGCAGGCGGACGCGGAGCUGCAGCUCACCACCUUCACCCCGCUCAUCCAGUACGGCUGCUCCAGCCAGCUCCAGUUCUUCCUUUGUUCAGUCUAUGUUCCAAUGUGCACAGAGAAGAUUAACAUCCCAAUAGGUCCCUGCGGUGGCAUGUGCCUUUCCGUCAAAAGAAGAUGUGAACCUGUUCUGAAAGAAUUUGGAUUUGCCUGGCCAGACAGUCUAAACUGCAGUAAAUUUCCACCCCAGAAUGACCACAACCACAUGUGUAUGGAGGGUCCAGGGGAUGAAGAGGUUCCCCUUCACAGCAAGACAUCCUUGCAGCCAGGAGAAGAGUGUCACACAAUGGGAUCUAAUUCAGAGCAGUAUAUCUGGGUAAAAAGAAGCCUGAGCUGUGUCCUUAAGUGUGGCUAUGAUGCUGGUCUCUAUAGCAGAUCUGCUAAGGAAUUCACUGAUAUCUGGAUGGCCGUGUGGGCUAGUCUGUGCUUCAUAUCAACAGCCUUCACAGUCCUGACCUUCCUGAUUGAUUCAUCCAGAUUUUCCUACCCAGAGCGCCCCAUCAUAUUUCUGAGCAUGUGCUACAAUAUUUAUAGCAUUGCUUAUAUCGUGAGGCUGACUGUAGGCCGGGAAAGGAUAUCCUGUGAUUUUGAAGAGGCAGCAGAACCUGUUCUUAUCCAAGAAGGUCUUAAGAACACAGGAUGUGCUAUAAUUUUCUUACUGAUGUAUUUUUUUGGGAUGGCUAGCUCCAUCUGGUGGGUGAUUCUGACAUUAACAUGGUUUCUAGCAGCAGGACUCAAAUGGGGCCAUGAGGCUAUAGAAAUGCACAGCUCCUAUUUUCAUAUUGCAGCCUGGGCUAUCCCUGCAGUGAAGACCAUCGUCAUCUUGAUUAUGAGACUAGUAGAUGCAGAUGAGCUCACUGGUCUGUGUUAUGUCGGCAACCAGAACCUAGAUGCACUCACUGGCUUUGUCGUUGCUCCGCUUUUCACCUACUUGGUUAUUGGAACUUUAUUCAUAGCAGCAGGCUUAGUGGCCUUAUUUAAAAUCAGGUCUAAUCUUCAAAAAGAUGGGACUAAAACUGACAAGCUGGAAAGACUGAUGGUCAAAAUUGGUGUCUUUUCAGUGCUAUACACUGUCCCAGCUACAUGUGUAAUUGCAUGUUACUUCUAUGAAAUCUCCAACUGGGCUAUCUUCCGCUAUUCAGCUGAUGAUUCCAAUAUGGCAGUGGAGAUGCUCAAAAAUUUCAUGUCUCUGCUGGUGGGUAUUACAUCUGGCAUGUGGAUUUGGUCAGCCAAGACUCUGCACACGUGGCAGAAGUGCUCUAACAGACUAGUGAACUCAGGGAAAGUGAAACGAGAGAAGAGAGUGGACGGUUGGGUGAAGCCUGGGAAAGGGAAUGAGACUGUGGUGUAAACUAAACCUCUGUGCUGACUUUUCUCCCAAGAAGGACUUGUGUAUAAACACUUGCAGUCGAAAUGUUGCUGGGAAGGUGUGGGGCGGUAAAGUACAAAAUCUGUCUCUGAAAAGAAGCCUUAAAGAAUAAGCAAUAAUUUCAAAAACAGAAUAACCAUAAACCGCCCUGCCUAAAAUACAAAAGCCCAGAGAGGCUCGGAACACUGUGAAAAAUCUGAACAUUUUGUCACAUUUUUGUAAAGCAGGUUGCAAUGUAUUAAUGUCAUUAGAAGCCACAGGGUCUUGCAUCUAGUUACUUGCAUUGCCAAUUUUCCUGAAUCAUGUUAUAGUGCAUAGAGGAUGAGGGUCAAGUUCUGGGCUGAUUUAGGGUCCAAUCCUGUGAGGGGCGGGUGCUCUCAGCUUUAAUUGACAGCAUCACUCCCUUUGAACUCAGUGAACUUAAGGCAGGGGUCCCCAAUGGGGUGCCCGUGGGUGCCACGACGUCUAAGUGUGCCUGCAUACUGGCCGGCGGACAAGCAUCCGCCAAAAUGCCGCUAUCAAGCUGCGUCAUACAGAGGCGUCGUUGCCAAAAUGCCACCGAUUUUCGGCAGUACUUCGUCGGUGACGCCUCUGGAUGACGCUACUUGUCGGCAGCAUUUCAGUGGCGACGCCUAUUGACGUUGCCACUUGGUGGAAUUUCGGCUGAUGCUCGUCUGCCGCCACGGUCCUCUGUGGCUCGUCGUCUGACGCCCACCAGACGAAAAAGGUUGGGGACCACUGUCUUAAGGGAUGUGGUCAGCACCUUUUAGGAUUGGACUCAUAGCUGGUACAGCCUGUUGCCUUCAUUGGUGUUGCAUGGUGCAUAAUUCAGCCAAGGAUUAGGUCCUCAUGUAAGUGUCAGCUAAAUUUCCAGGUAUCAAAACAACUCAAACAGUGAAUUUGUAGGAUUCAGUUAGGUGUUAGGAUGGAUUGCUGUAUACCUCAGCUGACAACCUGAUACUAACCUCUAUAUCGGCACACUCUUUGCUGUCUAAAACAUCAGUACUUUGUUUGAGGUGUUCAGAAGCUUCACUCAGUACCUUUAUCAGAAGUAGAUUAACUUGGAGACUGAAGCAUAACAGCAUAUAUAGUUUCCAUUUAUCUCCCCCCCACACUUUUCCCUGCCCCCUUUUCUCCUUUUUCGAUAACCUAGCUAUUUCCAGACUCUGACUGCCUUAUUCCUCUGCAUUAAUAACAGGUUUUUUCUUUUAAUAGCUCUCCUUCUUACUGCAGUAUACAGCUGAGGGAAAGUGAAUGAAGGUUCACUUUGGACAAACUCUUUAUUCAGCAGAACGUGUAGUUUUUCCUCUAAGUAAACUUAUCUGGCUCUCCCCAGAGACCUAUUGCAUUAAGCAAUUAAGACUUAAUAUAUUUCACUCUGUGUGAUUACAUCUAUGCAGACGCCAGUCUGGGAGAAGUGAAAUGUUAAGUUCCUUGGCAACUUCAUGUUCACACAGAUCAGUUGUAUAAUUGUGUGUGUCAAUUAAAAAUAAAAGUACAUUCUCCAACCAUGACAUAGCAGUACAGCUGACUGGCUCAAACUGAUGGUCACUGAGAGUGACUUAAAAAAAAAUAUGUAAGAAUGUUAUCAGACUUCAGCAACAAUGGAGACAUUUUCCUUUUUGAAAAGGGCUCGAUGGAGAAGAAAUCCAACUUCUCCUUGGUGAGUAAUUACGUUUCGUAGUUAGUGGCAAGGUUCCUUGCCCUUGGCCUGUCACGUUCAUAGGGAGCACGAGACUAUGAAUGCCACAGUCCUGCUUGAUUAACAGGAAGUAUAAUGUAAACAUAAAUAAAGAGCAGCAUUUAAAUGCUGCCCUUGAAGGGCCCACCAGUAUCUUCACCGAUAUGCCCUAAAAUCUUGCUUCAUCUUCAGUGUAUGCGGGCCUGAUCUAGUGAGGUGCUGAGUGCCUUCAAUUCCUGUGGACUUAAGUGGCAGCUGAGGGUAUUGUGGUCUUUUGUAGGAUGAGGCAGACCUGAAAGGGGUCCCCCCUCUAUCUCUCAAACUGUGCAUGCAUUGUGUCUGUGCUGAAAUAUGUGCUUAAAAACAAAACAACCUCAUCUCUGUCUGCACAGUUGGGAUCAGUCACUAGCAAAGCAAGUGACAACUUGACUCAUUCUACCCACAGCACACCAUUAUGUACUAGCUGAGUGUUCCAAAUCCAAUCCUCUCUCAAGUCUCUUCUGUUGGACAGUAAUGCCUGUUGGAUCUAUGUAUUCUGGUCUGGAAACAGAAUUCUGCAAGAAUGAAAGAUGUGGAUGGCUGGGCUUCACCAAAAUGCUCGAUCUAUUUACGAUUGGAUCAAGGAUGCCAAAUCAGAUGCUGGUUUCAAAUUCUGAAGGAUGAAGGAGAGAAAGUGAGUGGGCCAAAUUCAUCCAGGCGUCCCUCCAGUGAAGUCACGGGUUAACGACCCUAGGUGAUUCAUACAACUGAACUUCAUGCUAUUUGAUGUGAUUGACCUAUGCAUUUUUAUCCUUGUCAUCCCAGAAUGUAUGGUUAAGGGGGUGACCGUUCCUGUUGUAAUUGAAUUUCAGAGCAUGAUUAAGUGAAUCUCUUACUAGAAUGGUAGCACUGGUGAUUAGUGACAUCUGAAAGUGAGUCAGAUGAGGAUGGUGUUUCCUUACAGUGCAGGAUGAAGGGAAGAUAAAUCCAUUAAAAUUGUGAGGCACUCCAAUACUAUGGAGAUAGCAAUCACAUAGCGGUCAGUUGUCCCUUGGAGGCAUUGUGCCUGCCUGAAUUCUCUUGCAGUUAUGUCCCAGAGCUCAGUGAAUUUAUUCCUGAUUCACCUCAAGGUAAUGAGGCAGAGCAUCUGACCCAGGGCCGCAGACGCCCCUCUGAAAAGGCACAACUUAACUAUGUGCCUUUACCUUGCUGUUCUUGUCGUUCAGGCAUUUGUGAUUGGAAAAGCCACUCUACAUCAGUAGUUCCCAAACUGGGGUUCGCAAAAUGUUACGGGGGGUGGGG